AUGGCCACCAAGGAUCGGGCCAUGGGAAUGGCCUUUUUGUUGCAGACUAUCGUUGGAAUUCUGGGAAAUUCCUCUCUUUUUUGCCAUUAUAUCUUCCUUUAUUACACAGGAUGCAAGCUGAGGUCCACAGACUUGAUUCUCAAGCACCUGACUGUAGCCAACCUCUUAGUUAUUCUGUCUAAAGGCGUCCCUGAGACAGUAACAGCUUUUGGGUGGAGCCACUUCUUCGGUGAUGGGGGAUGCAAACUUCUUUUCUAUGUUCACAAAGUGAGCAGGGAUGCGUCCGUUUGCAUCACCUGCCUCUUGAGUGUCCUCCAGGUGAUCAUGAUCAGCCCCAUGGACUCCGGGUGGGCAGAGCUUAAAGCGAAAGCUCCCAGGAACACGGGCACCUCCGCCAUCCUCUGCUGGACCCUGAACCUGCUGCUCAAUGCUACAGUCCUGGUGUAUGUGGGCGGAGACAGCGGCAACAAAAAUAUCACAAAAAAACACAGUUACGGCUACUGUUAUACUCAAUAUAAUAAGAACAUUAUGGAGUCAUUCUAUAUAGCCUUGGUAUUACUCCGUGAUGGUUUCUGUUUGAUUCUCAUAAUCUGGUCCAGCGGCUCCAUGGUUUUUACCAAAACUGCAGUCCGGCCCAUCUCUCUCUCCUGUUCAAGUAGCAGCGAAAACGGCCCUUCCCCUCCCCUCUCAGGUACAGAUCCUGGCUUUGGUUUGGCAUUUUCCUGGAUCUGGGGUAUGACCCUGCUACUGGAAGUGGUUUGUCCACCUCCUGCCUCUCUGACCCGUAGUUCAUCUUAUGUACUACUGCUAGGAGCUUGUGGUACUCCACUCUCAGAAACCUGCUUGCAACUGCCUACAGAGUCAAGUCUGUGCAUGACAGUCCAGGAUCUACAACUUUACCUGGCGGCUACAGGUCAGGCCUUACAGCCUUCCUUUCCCCCGUACACUCAAUGCUUGGACAAACCCAAGCUGCUUGGCGAUUGUUCCAGAUACAGUUCCCUGGGGAGCAGACUCUGA